GGCCCGGGCGGGCGCUGUGGCGGAGGAGCCGCCGCCAUUUCGGUGUCGCUGGGAGCGGGGCCGCGGCAGCGGCGAGGGGGCGGCGAUGGAUCCCGGAGCCCGCCCGGGGGGCGGCGGAGCCCCGGGACAGUCCCGCGAGUACAAACUGGUGAUGCUGGGCGCGGGAGGCGUCGGCAAGAGCGCCAUGACCAUGCAAUUCAUCAGUCACCGGUUCCCAGAGGACCACGAUCCCACCAUUGAGGAUGCCUAUAAAAUCCGGAUACGCAUCGAUGAUGAACCUGCCAACCUGGAUAUUUUGGACACAGCAGGACAGGCCGAGUUCACAGCCAUGAGGGACCAGUACAUGAGGGCUGGUGAGGGUUUCAUCAUCUGCUACUCCAUCACCGACCGGCGCAGCUUCCACGAGGUGCGCGAGUUCAAGCAGCUCAUUUACCGCGUGCGCCGCACCGACGACACCCCCGUGGUGCUGGUGGGCAACAAGUCCGACCUCACCCAGCUGCGCCAGGUGUCCAAAGAGGAGGGCUCUGCCUUGGCUCGGGAAUUCAACUGCCCCUUCUUUGAGACCUCGGCCGCCUUCCGCUACUACAUCGACGACGUGUUCCACGCGCUGGUGCGCGAGAUCCGCAGGAAGGAGAAGGAGGCUGUCAUGGCCAUGGAGAAGAAAUCCAAGCCCAAAAGCAGCGUCUGGAAAAGACUCAAGUCCCCCUUUCGGAGGAAGAAGGAUUCUGUCACUUGAACAGAAAAUUUUUCUGCAAAACAGGACAAAAGCUGUGACCUUUUGUAACCAAAGCAGCUCGGUGACAACGCUGACAGGAUGUGUGACACCCGAGGGACUUUGCGAGGGAAUGCGUAGCUCUGCCAGUUGUUUUUGUUUAGAGACGUGUUGCCUUGAUUCUGGGUGUUGAACUUCACACCCAGUGACAGUUGUACUUUGUUUGUUGUCAUUUUUUUACUGGACCCAGCACUUGUUGGCCACCAAGGCUGAUGGGUUCGUGGCCCUGCACUUUGGAGUGUUUGUCCUUGGUCACAGCGCCCUGGAACUGUGCAAAGCUGGAGUUGGACCUCUCUGAAUCCAUGUUGUUUGCACAGGAGGAUUUUGCUGCUCUCCAUAACAACAGCCCACAGUGUGAGAGGUUGAACAGGAGUUCACAAAGUGUCAUGGCCUUGGAGGUCACCGAGCAGAGCUGGGCUGGACUUGUGCCCUCAUGGAACAGAUUUCUUUCCAGGAAAAUGGCCGUGGAAUGCUUGUGUGCAAGUUCAUCCAAGUGAUCAGUUCACCAGCAGUGCUGUAGGUGGGAUGUAAACAAGACAGAAUCACAGAAAUCAUUUCCAGAUCACCUCUGGGAUCGUCGAGUCCAACCUGUGACCCAGCAGCACCCAGAGCAGAACACUCAGUGCCACGUCCAGUCCUUUAAACACCUCCAGGGACAGUGACUCCACCACCUCCUGAGCAGCCCCUUCCAAAUUCCACCACCCUUUGUCAUAAAGGUUCCUGUGGCAGCUGUGACUUGGCAGCAGGGCAGGAACCUGUGGGAUUUUCCUGCUGCAAACAGCACUGAAGGUGCACAUGGAGCAUGAUGUGCUGGGAAAUCACAGCUUGGAGCUCCCUGGCUUGUUGUUGCAAACCCUGGGGGAACGGAGCACUGGCUUGUUCAGCCAGGUUUGUGUCAUCCCAAGGGCAGCAGUGACUUUGGGGAGUGUGAGUCUCUGGCAGUCAUUCCCAGCUAUUCUGUGGGAAUUGUUUUGUAGAGAAAACAGCUGAUGCUGAGGUUCUGUGCCCAGAGCUGGCAUUCCCUGAUCCUGCUGAGGCUCUCCCAGCGCAGUUCCUGGAGCAGAGCAGGGAAACCCAGGCCCAGCAGCUCCUGAUGCUCAUAAAGAACAAUUUACUUGUGAGGCAGAUCCUCCACACGUGGAUGGACUCCUUGCCCUCCAGCUGAUUGAUUUUACAGCAGUUUUGGGAUCAGGUGCCUGGUGCUCCUCUGGAUUUUGCUGUUUAACAAUUGGACACAUCACAGCUGGGUGACUCAGAUGUGGUUAAAAGCAGUUUCUCUGAACCAAGUGCCUGGAAGCCUUCAGUGUGAAAGAGCUGAUUAGACUUCAGUGAUCUUCCUCUCAGAUCUGUGCUCUCAGUCUGUGCUGCACAGGACACUGAAAACCCAGGUGUAAAAAGAUUGGUUAAGGAAGUGAGGAUAAAAUAUAUAUAUAUAUAUAUAUAAAUAUAUGUAAAAAAUCUCCUUAUUACCUAAGAUAGAACUGGAAAUCCUGUGCCUGUUGCUUUGAAGAAUAUUUUCCUUGUGGAAGAUUUAAACAAAUGAGAAGCUGCAUUUUACAUUUGCUUUGUGAUGAGCUGAACAUUUAAUCUGGUUUCCAUUUCUCAUCUCCUCCCAGUGCUACUCUGCUCUGGCAGCAAUCACAGAAUCCCAAAAUGGGCUUGGAAAAGGCUGAGAAUUGAGAUUGUUGAGAAUUUCAGACUCUUCCACGUUCCUGUGUGAGCAGCCACGUGUGUCCCUUCACUGAUUUCUCAUUGUUGGAUUAAAAGCUGUCUAAAACUCAGAUAAAAUCUCCAGCUGGCCAAAGACUGAGGAAGAGGAGGAGGAAUGAGCUCAAAAGUGGCUCCAAAGCAUUUUUGGGGCUGCUCAGGUGUUUCAGAGCCAGGGCCUGACGGUGAUGAUGCAUUUUCCAGUGUUUUUCCUUAAAACCUCCAUCAGCUCUCAGCUGAAGGAGCCUGGCAGAGGUGCUGAACGCUGUACAGGAAUAUUUCCACCCCUAAAAAACUGAAUUCUGUGCCUUACCUGAGUCCUGCAGUGCAGUUUAGGUGUUUCCUAAUGCCUUUGGUGAGCCUGUUGCUUCUAGAACUCGUAGAGCAGAACAGCAGCCAGCACUUUUUGGUUUGUUUUGUUUUUUUUUUUACACAGUGUUAUUCAAAGAGUUUUAUUUUUUGUCACGUAUAAAUUUGUACACAGAACGUUUGUUUUAUUUGACACAAUAUAUAUAAUUUUUAAUACAAACCUUUGCAUUGGAUGUGUCAAAUCUGUGGUGGGGUUGUUCAGCCUGGGAGUGCUGAAGGAGGGAAGUUCAUGGUGUGCUUGUAAAUUUAAAUUUAUGCUUCCUUUGUGUGGGAAAAAAGAAUUGGUUGAUGGCAUUUAAGUGGUGCAAAGCCUAAAAAUUCUGUGAGUCUGGUGCUAAAUUGUUGAAAUAUGAACAUUUUCCAGCUGUGUUGUU